AUGGCACAAAAUAUUAAUUUUCUUGAAAGAAACAAUACCGAUGAUUAUUUGCACAUUGAGAUUUCAUUAAAUCUAGCCAAAACACCGGAUUUCGUAUCUGAUAAAAAUAAUAAAAUAGUAAACGAAACAACUACAGAAGAACCAAACGAAACAGAUAAUGAAACUGAAUCAGAACCAAGUGAAACAGACGAUGAACGAGAAUCAGAAGAACCGAACGAACCAAACGAGAUAGAUAGCGAAAUGGAAUCGGAAUCAGAAACAGAAACAGAAACACAAACAAGGAAUCAGAAUGAUGAUUCACUUUGUUUUACAAAUUUUUUCAAUCAAUUGCGAAUAGAAGAACAAUUUGUUGCUUCCUUACUCAAAAAACAACAAAAUAAUACUCAAAAACCUAAUUUACCAACUAUUCCACAAGUAUGGAAUUCUAUUCUUAAUGACGAUGAAGAUAUCAAGCAUCGUGUUAUUUAUUCAGAACCAGAGCCAAUUGUAAAAGAUUGUCAACAAGAUAUGACAAUGAGACAUGGAUUUGAAAAAUCACGGUUUUCUGUUGAUUCUUUUACGAGUGACGACGACGAGGAGAUCGAUGAAAGCGAUUAUUAUUCGGAAUUUAAAACUGAAGAUGCGGAAAAAGAAAAAGAUUAUGUGACCGAUACAAUUUACUAUGUGGACAAAUUGUUGAAUGAUUAUUAUGACUCGGAUGAAGAGUCAGAAACGUCAACGUUAUUUAAUGAAGAACCAAUGAUUAGUCGUCAAUCCUCGUUUUCAGCUGUUGUUAUGACUUUGGUUGAUAAAAUAUAA